AGCAACCCGUUGCCUCUGAACAAUAUAUCAAGGAAAUUAAGGAUUUGAAAUAUCAUAUAUUCUAUCUUGAGUUAGCCAAUACAAGAAAUUCUGCCUCUGUGUACAGACAUGUGAGAGAACGUGGAGACAUCCAACUUUGGAAAAUUGAGGAGGAUAUCACACCACUAGAAGAGGCUGUAAAUGAUGUAUUUAAUCAAUAUCGUAAUGCUCCUGCUCAAGGAUUAAGUGAAAUUAAUGUAAACCAACCAUUUUGUAAGAAUGUUGUGAGUGAAAUCGUAAAUCAGGUAGAAAGAAAUGACUUACUUGUAGUUGGAGAUAAUGGCGGCCGGAGAGAAGAUGAAGUUUUUCCUGAUAUCAUAAUUGGUCCUGUCGGUUUCUACGCAAAAUUGACAAAAAACCCACCUGAUUUAUCAAAGGGUUUGGGUUGGGAAGUCAAGAAUAAUUUAAAUGAUAAGUCAAAAGCAAGCGAAGGGAAAGGCCAACUAAUAAAAUACGCCAGGGCAUACCUUUCAGCGGAUCCACCUUUAACAAGCAUUUUCUAUGGAUGUUUGACGGAUGGGAAGCUUUGGCAAUUCGUGAAAAUCCAACUUAUGUUAGAUGAUGUUAAUGACCUAAAAGUGAAGUUUGAGGAAAGUCUCAACUAUGAAUGGAGUAAACGCACAGCCUCACUUAUUGCUGGCCUAAUUAAUCGUUACCAUAAUGACCUGUCGAUGAGAGCUUCUGACGAAAAAAAAGAAUCUCCAAAUAACGAUGAAACGUUUAAGUCAUCAAUUUCUUCUAAAAAUCUCUUGGCUUCUUUCAUUGAAGAAGGUAUCGAUAUCAGAUUAAGCUCUGGAAAUUGUAUCCAUGUGCAGAUCACGUCUCACCUUGGAACUGGAAGAGAGUGUACAGUUUUUUUGGCACAAGUACGUGAUUAUGGAAUAAAGGAUGCCGUUUUGAAGAUUGAAGUUUACAAAAACACUAAGAUCUCUCAAAUUUACCGUGAAAUAUCAGUGUUGCAUUCGCUGGGUGAUCUCCCUUGUGUUCCUAAAAUUCUCUUCGAGGGUCAUACAAUGGGAGGAUCUCCGGCUUUAUUAACUGAUUUUGCGGGGCAACCCCUGGAAUCAUGGAUUUCUGAUAACAGUAAUAUAGAUGAUCACACGAUUUUUCAACUAAUUUUGGAUCUAUUAUCAUGCUUGGAGAAGAUACAUGCUUAUGGUUACACGCACGGAGAUGUGGCCAUACGAAAUGUUAUACAGAGAAAUGGCCAUUUCUAUCUUAUUGAUUUCGGCCUUGCAACUCCGUUGUUUCUUCACUCCGAUCCAUGUCAAGCAAUUAUUCAGGACUACGGCGGGUUGUGUCAAAUCAUCGGAAUUAUCAAGUUCGGAGAAAAAAUGUCGUUUUCAGAAUUAAUGGGCAAGUUGAAGGGAGAGUUAAGAUUAUUUGUUGCGUUUAUCGAGGAUGCGAGUAGGUGGAAAAUAACUG